AUGGCCAUAGCCCCUCUGCUUUUCCUGGCGGCCCUAGCAUUCAUCCAUCACCCCCUGUUGGUCAACGACAUCACAGAUUUGACCACCCUAAAUCGUCUCCAGGAGCAUGAGAAACGGCUAACUACGGAAAUGGGGCACCUCCAAGUGGAAAUGGACCAGAAGAACUGGAACUGGGAUCUCAAACAGAACCGGGAACAGUGGACAGCGGAGGACCUCGACAUGGCAGAUGGCACCUGGGAUGGGUGGCCUUACGUAGGGCUGGUCAUCGUCAUCCUGUUUGGAUGCUGCAGACGCACCGUUGCAAGGGAGCCCAGCGACGAGUCCAGCACAGACGGCUCCAGCACCACCACCAACGGUGAAGACGACUUUGAAGACACCGAUCCAGAACCGGAAGAUUACGAAUCCAAGCAGAAAUUGUUGGAGGCUUUCUAUGAGCAGCAUAUCGAGACGGGCGAUAUAUCCAGUUUGUGCGAUUUUGUGGAGAUGUUAGUCAACGACCUGCUGGAAGAGAGCCGGGGUCAAAACAUGCUCUUGCUGGAGAACUGCAUCGGGGUGGGCAGUGCCUUUGAAGGGUGGUCCACGGAGGUCUCGAAAACGUUCUGUGUCCUUGUGCCUAUACUGCCGCCCAAGGGCCACUCCUUCCACAUUGAAAUGAGUGACUCUGAGGGUUCUCCGGGCAAGCAUGGCCACAUCUUGGUAGAGGCAGAGUGCCUGUGUAAGAGAGAGAGGCUGCUGGGGGAUGUGAUGUGCUCGCUCCAUCAUCCGGAACGAGAAUUGAGCAAACAAGAGCAGAGCAAAUCCCUGAUGCAUGUCCUUUGCACCAGUUCCCACUUGGAUGGGGAGAAAACCACCCAGUGGUUCCACGCUCUGGUAAGCAAGGCAUGGGACGCUCUCGGCCAGAAAUACAACUCAACUCUCACCAUCCAGAAUUCCAACAAAAGCUGCCGGCUGAAAGUAGAACUUCGAUCCAGGAAGGAGAUCUUUAUCGAUAUCUUACUCGGCGUGCAGCAAGGAGACUCUCUCAUCUUCCUGACCACCGGAGAUGACCCAAUGGAAAACCUAAACGGUAUAGUUUGGCGUCGAAGUUUUGCCGUUCAGGAGCUGCUCUUCUUCAAGUGGGUGAGCCAGCGAGCUCCCAAGGACAGCUGCCACCUGAAAUGUCUUCAGAUCCUGGUCUUUUUCAGAGAGUCCAGUGGGAUCCCGGACAAGAAGAACCCGCUGCUCACAAACUACCACUACAAGACUUGUUUGAUGCACCUCUUGCUUCUGGGGCCUCUGUCCUCCUGGGAGCCGGAGCAAAUCGCACAACGGCUUCAAGACCUCCUCUUGUACAUGAAUACCGCCUUGGAAGAAAAAUAUCUCGAACACUUCCUCAUCGGGAACAUUGCUCUGCCUAUUCAAAUCCCUCUGCCCAAGAGCCUCCGAAGCGCUGCCCCGGUCAACCUUUUUGAGCACUUGGUCCUAAGCCCGAUCCUUCACAAUGAGGCAAUGAAUGAGUUUGUGCCCAUGGUAGAGCAAGUGAGGACUCUCUGGUUAGCACCUGAAGAAUAG